GCCUCCUCAAGACACCCUCUCCGUCCCCUAUCCCUCCCGUCCGAUCCGUCAAGAUGCCGAAGGCCGCGUCCGGAAAGUCUGCUGCUGCUAAGCACAAGUUUGUCAUCGACUACUCGAAGCCUGCGGGCGACGGUGUCUUCGAUGGCGCGGCCUUCGAAAAGUACUUGCACGACCGCAUCAAGGUCGACGGCAAGACCGGACAGCUCGGCGAGAACGUCAAGAUCAUCCGUGAAGGCGAUGUGAAGCUCACUGUGACUUCGAGCAUCCCUCUGUCGAAGCGGUACCUCAAGUACCUCACGAAGAAGUACCUCAAGAAGAACACCCUCCGCGACUGGAUUCGUGUCGUCGCAAACUCAAAAGACUCCUACCAGCUGCGUUUCUACAACAUCCAGGGCGCUGCUGACGAGGAAGAGGAGGAGUAGACAUGUACUUGUGUACUGCUGCUAUACUACGCUUGUCAUGAUUGCUAUGUUGUAAGCCGAGUCUCCAUGCAAUCUAUGCUUUACGCCAUUGCACAAAUGAGACA